CGAAUCGCCUGAGAAUACUGAAUCUUCCCUUGCCAGGCUUGCACUGUUAUCACGUUGUUGCUAAUAUUGUCGUGCCGGUUCCUAAAUAGAAGUUGCCGUGAGAAAAUGGUUUACUAUUACACGUCAAAGGUCGUUGACCCGUCGGCCUUCAUCUAUGUUGGGAAAGAUAAAUUUGAGAAUGAGGACCUUAUAAAACAUGGGUUGGAGAAGGACGUCUGGUUCCACGUCGAUAACUUGUCCAGUGCCCACGUAUAUCUUCGCCUCCGGGAAGGUGAAACGUGGGACAACAUCCCACAGCAGCUGCUGGAAGAUUGUGCACAGCUUACCAAAGCGAAUUCGAUCGAAGGCAACAAGAAGGACAAUAUAACCGUGAUCUACACGCCAUGGUCGAAUCUUUUAAAGGAUGGAUCUAUGGCGACCGGCCAGGUCACUUUCCACAACCAUAAAAUGGUCCGCAAGGUCCUUGUCCGACAGCGGGAAAAUCCAAUUGUCAAUCGAUUGAACAAGACACGUAUUGAAAAGUUUCCCGACCUCAAGGCGGAGAAGGAUGAAUAUCUAAAGAAGAAGCAGAAAGAGGAGCGUAAGGUAAGAGAGGAGCAGCGAUCGAGGGAAAAGCAGGAACGGAGAGAACGAGAACAGUUGAAGUGGCAGAAAGAUCAUGCCUAUGAUGACCUGAUGAGCGAGGAGAAUGUCCAGGCGAGCAACAAUCAGGACCGAGAUCCUGAUUUCCUUGAUGACUUUAUGUGAUAACAAGAGGGUGAGUGCAGAUCGGUCAUUAGAGGAACAAGCCGGAUACUCGAAUUUCCAAGGGGCAGUUGCUUCGAAGCUAUGAAAUCCCUCGCACCAACCUCAUGACAUAUUGUCGGGGAGUCCCAAGGCACUUGCGACUCGUGCGACCAAGGGACAUCCUGGGCAUAUCAUCGGGCGUAGUGGUUGGGGUUAAUAUGCGGUGACCUCACUGAAUGGAGGCCCCAACAAUUGACUGGAAAGAUUUAUAAGUUUAUAUGUUAGAAUAUACGAGGGAAUCCACGCGAGCAGCAAGCUCGAAAUGGCAUGAUAUAGUUUGUAGUGGUUGAAGUUCUGCGGCCUAUCCCGU